ACCAUUAAGAAUUGUAACAGAGAAGAAGACUUUGCGAUUGGCGCUGCACUACUGCAGAGAACAGGGAGAGGAAAACUAUGACUGCAUUCUCGUGGCCGCACCGAUGAUAGAUUCUGAUGGCGAAGGCCUUACCCUCCAUGUUGAUCAGUUUGAUCCUGGGCGAAGAGUACCUGGCAACAAGGGUGUGUUACCAACUACAACAACAUCUGAUGAUGUGUACAUUCCCACUAUAGUUGCGCAGAGUAACCUGACGGUUAUUCCAAGCGCACUUCAACAGCAUCAUAUAGUGACACAGUGCUUAGAAAGCAAUUGUAGAAGUUCUUCAAAGCUGGAGUUAUCCAAAUUUCUUUUGGUGACUGCAAGAUUGACACAAGAAAGCGCAUCUGAUUCUACCCUGACAUUCGACACGAAUCUAGUAACCAUGGCGACAACUUUUAGAGCUACACCUAUCAAGCCGAUCCCGAUAAUGCCAACAGCAUUGUCGAAUAAUCUAUCGAAUCCGAUGAGUUUCAGUGAAGUACAAGAAGAACCUAAAACUGGGUACCUCACAAUGGAUAAGACAAGGAAACUCAUUCUGGUAUUGGAAACAGACCCGAAAGUUGCCAGUCUGCCAUUGAUAGGAAUAUGGGUGAGUGGAGUAUAUGAGGUUCAGCAUGUUUACAUUUGGAUGGCUUGUCUGAGGUACCUUAACAGCUCAGCCAUACAAGACAGGGUGUGCAAGCCACCAGAUCCCUUCCUCGUCGUUCUGUAUCCGCCGACCGGCGGCAAGCCGCACUUCUAUGACUGCAUGACGGCCGAUUGCAGCAACAAUCUUGAGCUGUGUUCCUAUUCAGCCCGAGCGCUCAUCGGACUUGGGAAGGGCUUCGAAACCACGGAUUCGGAACGCAUUACAUUGGAGUUUGUCCAGGAGAGGACUGCUGAUUGGACGCAUCCCGCCUCGUCCUUGUCUUCGAAGCCGGGUGAUGGGAACCGACCAGCAAGAGUUGAAGGCGAAUACGACUGGUUGGAGAUGACGCAUCGUAAUGAUGACCUGUCCCCCAGACCCUCUCCGAGCCCACAUCCACACUUGGGAAAGGUUUCACUCCUGAGACCAUCUGUGCCUGAGGUUUCCCUCAUAUUUGAUGAUGAGGAUGUUGAAAAUAGAGAGCUGCCAUCUGCAGGGAGAACUGGUGUUUCUGUCACUGACUCUAUGACUGGUAACGAAUCUAGGAGAGUGCUGACCCCUCUUAACAGAAUUCAUGGGGAAAACGGCACCGCAGACAACGGCGUUCGAGCUUUAGAAAAGUCAUCGACGAAAGUCAGGUUUCGGAAUGCGGCGUUGGCAAGUUUAACUAAGACUUCGGCAACACCGGUAACCACUGCCGCGGCACUGCAGAGGCAGUUGUUCGACCCGGCAAACCCAGAUCCUUCUUCACCGAGCGAGGUAGCCGCGUCCUCCAGUCAGACAGUGUCGCCAUCUACUGGCACGCAUCCGCACCGCCAGAUUUCGACCGGUUUUCCGCAGCCGGAUGGAAUUCGGACGGAGCCUGCUGGUGGUGCGAAAACGAGCGUGCCGCACACGCAGAGAGUAAGGCAGCGAUCGGUCGGCAGCAGUACGCAGCGACGCACGCCCAACUCAAAUUCAGACAAACGCGCUUCUCUCGCUGCCGGCGGCACCGGCCGGCAGGUUUCCGCGCCAAAGCCCGCACGGCACCCUCUAGCAGCCAGUGGUGCCGGUAAACGAACGGGCGGCGCGUGCACAGACGUGCCCGGACGGCGCGCGUCGGCGACGCGUCCGAAGAGCAUCCUGAAGCGGAAGCCGAGCCCGCAGCAUCCCGCGAUUACUCGCGCGGCAUCCGCGGAGGCAGUCGUCACGGCGACGGAAGCGGCGGACGAUCCUGGACGCGGCGCGCCCGACGCCGCGCGUCCGAUGGACUUCGCAGAGAGCGAAACGUACGUGGACGGCGACGUGAACGGGAGCUGGACGCGGCGCCGCCGCUCGACAACCGACUUUGUCGCGAUGCAGAGCACGCCCGCGACGGCCGCGUCCCCGGGCAGAGCGUUGGCGGAGCCGUGCGCCCGAGGGCAGAUGCCGUCGGUAGACGCGACGCCGGUCGUCAGCUCACGCCCGAUCCACGCCGGCAUGGUCGGAGCGAUGCGCGGCGUGGCGGACACUCCCGCGCUGUCGCCGGACGUCGCGGACGCGCGCGGGAAUCGCUACGUCGACCCGCCGCCAGAGGGCGUUUAUGCGCUGUUGCGUGAGCAGGGAAAUCAGCUUCGACUGCUGCAGGAGCAAAUACGGAUGCUCCUGCAAGCCCAGGAGGCGCCACCGGCCGCCGCGACCGCCGCAGCGUCAUCGGACAACGGUGAGACAACGUCGACUUGUGAGGUCGGCGACUCGUCGGCGGUCGCCGCGGCGACGGGACGAGACACGGUCAGCACGGCGGUCAACACCAGCGGGGCGUGGCUGCCCGCCGCCACGUGCGACCGCGGCACGAGUCCGCUUCCGCUCGACUGCCUGCAGGUGGCGCCGGUCGACGAGGCGGUGCAGUGCGGCGAGAUCACGUCCUGCCAGUCGCCGCUGGACGACGCCGACCCCGCGCCCGAUAUUCGGCGCCGGGUGGUCGGUGCGGACCCCGUACGUGGCGUGAGUGGAAACGCGGGGACCGGCGCGACACCGAGCGGAGAUCGCUCCAAGAACGACGACAAAGCGGGCCGGCCGUCUCCGCCGCUGCCGCACGUGACCUCUGACCCGCGCGACAUCGUCGGUCUGCGGCCUUCGCUCGCCGUUGCGAGCCUGGAUUCGCAGUGGUCGCGCGACUACGGGAUGACGAAUCAUCACGGCCGGGCGGCGGCGGCGGCGCGCGUCGUCACCGAGCGAACGAGCCACGUCACCUCUGCCGGUCCACAGGCGUGCGAAGACACUCGAGAUGAGAAAGAGGAGGAGGGGGAGGGUGCGAUGCGGGGAUGCGCGUCACGCGGUGCCGCCGCUAUGCAGCCGAUUCGCGCAGACGACGGGCAAGAUGGCGACGAGUCGGUGAGCCUGAGCGGAGUGAACGUGGCGACGUUUUGCGAUCGGCAGGAGAGCGUGCGCUCGUCGAUCAGAGUCGACAUGCAGAGCUUUGAGGGCUCCCCGUCGAGGUUGACGGAUGCAGAUGAGAGCUUCCAGUCCCCUGUACUGGGCGAGAGCGUGAGCAUGUGUGAGACGCAUCGGCGACGCGCUGCGAGGCUGCGGGGUCAGCAGCGAGAUGACUCCAGCUCGUGCUACGACAGCGACGACGAGGACGAGGACGAGGACGACGUGUUUGACGGCAAUCCGAAAGCCUUCUACGAAAACGUGUUGGGAAAGAUACAGAAUUUUCUCACUCAGUCACCUGAGCAGCCAUCCCAGCAGUGCAUGCCUCUGGCUACAGACGAGGCCUUCAAUCAACAUCCACGCAGGAGACGGGUAGCAACGAUUCCUGCAUCUCAACACCACCAAGGGGAGGCACGAGUGAAUAACUCUGAUUGUUACGAUGAAGG